AUGAUGGAUACUACGGUAUAUAUUGCCCUGGUAAUCGCUCUGAUUACCACGGCAGCAGUUCUUAUCAUAAUUAUCCAUAGUGGCCAAGCUAUCUCAGUGGGAUCGGGCAGCAAGAAGAGAGUAACCAGCUCACCAAUUUUCAUUAUCGCGGGGCCUAGCGGUAGCGGGAAGACGUCGUUGUUCAACUUGCUAACGACCGGCGAGGCCGGGAAAACGGUGGCGUCCCAGAUCGCUAGCUUUUCGGACUCGUUUAUGCUCCCCUCGGGUGUGGAGAAGUUCAAGUUUGCGCUCAUCGAUUUCCCGGGGCAUGUGAAGCUCCGCCAAGAGCUCUUCACUACGUUGAAAGCGUCGAGCAACAUCAGGGGUUUGAUCUUCAUGGUCGACUCCACCGUGGACCCGAAGCGGGUGACCGAGACGGCGGAGUUCUUGUACGAUGUGCUGAGCAUUACAGAGCGCAAGCCGCAGGCCAUUGACAUCAUGAUUGCGUGUAACAAGUCGGAGUCGUUCACCAGCAGGCCGCCCACCAUGAUCAAGGACGCGCUAGAAAAGGAACUGGGCCAGAUCAUCGAGCGGAAAAGCAAGGAUCUCAAAGGCGCGGGCGAGGAUGACUUGACCACUGUGUUUGCCACGUCCGGCUCUGCCUUCAAACUUGAUCACCUGGAGGCUGCGGUACAAGUAUGUGCCGGAAGUGUGCUAAAUAAGGACAUCGAUCCCUGGCAAGCCUGGCUGGACGAGAACGCGACCAAUUAA